CACUUGUAUAAUGUCCGAUUAUACAAAACUACCCAUUCAUCAAUUUCCAAAGGUUGCUGGAAGAGUUACUGAUGAUACUGCUUACUGGUCAAAACUAAAAUCACCAGUCAUCAUUAAAGAGUUUUCAUCCAUCAACUCGGUUCAAUUCUCUCCUCACUCUCCACACGAUUUUUGCAUAUCUUCAUCCACUAGAGUUCAAAUUUACUCGGCAACCACACAAUCUGUCAAAAAAACUAUUUCAAGAUUCAAGGAUGUUGUUCAUUGUGCAUCAAUUCGUCACGAUAAUAAGCUGCUUAUUGCUGGUGAUGCAUCGGGACUCGUUCAAAUAUUCGAGCUCAAUUCUAGAGCAAUAUUGCGUACUUUGGCUGGCCAUAAAGCUGCAGUACAUGCAGCAGAGUUUUGUCCAAAUGAUACCUCAAAAGUGUUGACUUGUUCAGAUGACAAAACUUGUGUGGUAUGGGAUGUGCCUACACAAAUGCAGACCAGUGUGUUUUCUGAGCACACCGACUAUGUACGAUCUGCCAUCGCAAUGCCCGAUAACGAUACUUUAUUCAUGACAGGCUCGUACGAUCAUACUGUCAAGUUAUGGGAUACCCGUUCACCUGAUGCAUCAACAAUGACCAUGAAUCACGGAUCUCCAAUCGAAGCAAUUCUUAGACUUCCUGGCGGUGGUCUUGUGGCCUCUGCAGGUGGAAACCGUAUCAAAAUUUGGGAUAUUCUAUCGGGUGGUAAACUGCUGCAUUCGUUUUCAAACCAUCAAAAAGCAAUCACUUCUCUAUGUUUGGAUUCUACAAACUCCUUCUUGAUUAGUGGUGCACUCGACCACCAUGUCAAAAUCGUGUCGUUAGAGGACUAUAAAAUCGUCCACAGUCUCAAGUACUCUGCUCCCAUUCUGAGUCUCGGCAUUUCUCCUACAAAUUCACAAUUGGUGGUGGGCAUGUCUUCUGGACUCUUGUCUAUUCGACAACGUGCAGUAAGAUCAGAGGAUAUUGCCAAAAAGCAGGAUGUUCAAACUCAUAAUGGCACCUAUCAAUAUUAUAUACGUGGAUCCAAUUACACUCCAGACGAGAAUGAUACGCGCAUUGAAUCAAAAACUAAAGCUAGGCUCCAGUCCUACGAUAAGCUGCUCAAGGGAUUCCAGUAUGCCAACGCAUUGGACGCAGUUCUUGAAGGACCACCUAAACCGCUUUUGAUUAUUAGUAUGCUCGAAGAACUGAUUCAUCGUGAUGGCCUUCGUGCUGCCCUUGCUGGACGAGAUGAACAUACUUUGCAACGCAUCUUGUCGUUUCUGAUGCGAUACAUAUCAAAUCCAAGAUACACAGUCUUGCUUACGGAUGUGAGCAACACCAUUCUUGAUAUUUACUCUCUGGUGCUGGGUCACUCUCAAAUCAUUGGAGAGCUGUUAAAAAAGUUGAAAUUUAAAGUGCACGAGGAAAUCCAGCUAGAUUAUAGGCUUGGCGAAGUGAUAGGAUUGAUGGAUACGCUCAUGAGCAUGUCUGUCCGUGAGUAA